AUGCUGCCUAUCAUAUUGGUUCUGCUCUUCGCUACAAGCGCCUUAGCCGCCCCCACCGUGCAAGUGAUCUUAAACAGCAUCGACGAAGUACCCCCAGAACCCAGCAAUGGCAGACCAAUUGGAGCUUUUCUCCUAACCAAUGCUUUUGACGUCAUAGACGGUGGCGAGAAGAACGUUAACAUCCAUUAUCUUCUGGAUAUCUUACCCCAAAUGAGCAACUUGCCCGACAAAACGAGCCAAGCUGCUGCCUUAGCACAGGCAGUAGCUAUCAUGAUUGAACUCUCUACCGGGUACCCUGGAGAUGCUUGCGUAACUUCAAACUUUAUCGAUUUCUACGUUAAUGCCAUCCGCUCCGGCAACGUUAGAGCUGCUCGUGCAGCAGCCGCCAGCCACGUGCGAGGCCUCGCCUCCGUCCUCAACUCCAUCACUCAAGUGGUUCUCAACCCUGUAACAUCCCGUUUCGCGAACGGCCGAAGGGGUACAUGCCAAGCCGGUGGCGCAGCCUAUCAAUUUGAAGCAGCUUGGGACAUUGCUAGCUCCAAUGCCGCAUCUGCAGACCUUUUCCAAGAGCAAUAUUGCGCAGUUAAACGUCUAUACAAUGGGUUCAGCGCAAUCAGCAGGAAUGUAGGUGCAGCUGCCACCGCUGCUGCCCUACCAGACAUUAUAGAAAUCGUCAAAGAAGCCUCUGGUGCAUUAGUUAACCUCCUGGUAGCAGUAGGUUCUGGAAGCGGAAAUAUUGUACAAGCAACUAGUAUUGCCCAACAGGCCCUUAUCUCUGCAGCUAACAACCACUCUUAA